AUGUCUGCCUUUUUAUCUAAAAUAAGACAUUCAGUAUCAGCAAGCUCCACAAAUGAAGAAAUAGGUAACAAUGUCUAUGAGUUGAAGAACAUUGACCUUCAUACAAUUGAAAGUCUUGAUGAAUCUUCAGAUGAUUCUGAUGUUCAAUUGAAUACAAAUGGUGCCCCAGUGGAAAAAGAUAACCCAUUAGGUUAUAACAUUGGUUACACUUCAUUGAUUUAUCUAGUGGUAUCAGGUGUCAUAGGAACAGGUAUUUUCAGUACACCAGGGACAAUCUUGAAACAGAUUGGUUCCAUUGGUGGUUCUUAUAUAUUAUGGGUUGUUGGUUUCAUUAUUGCAUUGUUUAAAGUUGUCAUAUAUAUUGAAUAUGUUACAUAUUUCAAAAACAGAUCAGGUGGUGAUGUCGCUUACUUGGAACAAGCAUUUCCUAAACCAAUGUUUUUAGUUCCAACCGUUUAUGCUGCUGUUAAUGUUGUCUUGUCAUUUUUAAACAGUUCUGCUGUGGCAUUUGGUCAAUAUAUUUUGAACGCUGCAGAAAUUGAAGUUACUACAUGGAGACAAAGAGGUGUUGGUGUUGGUAUUUUGACAUUCACUUGUUUACUUGCAGCAUUAAGUACUAAAUGGUCAUUAAGAUUAUCUAAUUGGUUAGGACAUGCAAAGAUCAUCACAUUGGCAUUCAUUGCAAUCACAGGGUUUGUUGUAUUGGGUGGUGGUACUAGUGUUAAAAAUCCAAGGGCUAAUUUCCAUAAUGCAAUGGAUGGUGCUACAAAGCAACCAAAUUCAAUUGCAAAUGCAAUUAUUAAAAUUUCAUUUUCUUAUGGUGGUACAGGUUAUGCAUUUGGUGUUGUUUCUGAAUUGAAACCUGAAAGAAGAUUCAAAGGUUAUACAAGAGUUGUUCCAUUAACUUUUUUCCUCAUCUUCAUCCUUUAUAUAUUGACAGUUACAGCUUUUUAUGCAGGUGCUGGUACUAUUAAAGAAAUUAAAAAUUCAGGUGUCUUAACAGCUAGUUUAUUUUUUGAAAAUGUUUUCAAAACAAGAGCAGCAACAAGAGCUCUAAGUGUAUUAGUUGCCCUAUCAGCAUAUGGACAUUUAAUACCUGCAGUUAUCUCACAUUCAAGAAGUUUAAGAGAAUGUGGUCGUCAAGGUGUUUUACCAUUUAGAGAUUUCUGGGUCUCUACAAAACCAUUUGGAACUCCAUUAGGUCCAAUCUUCAUUACAUGGUUAGUUAAUACAGUUGUUAUGAUUGCUCCACCUGCUGGUGAUGCUUAUAAUUUCAUUGUGGAUAUAGGCUCUUAUGCUGGUUAUGUGUUCGACUUACAAAUGGCUGUUGGUUUAUUAUUAGUUAGAAGUCAAAGAAAAUCAUUAGGUUUAGGGUUCGCAGGUUUCAAAGUUCCAUUACCUGUUAUAAUCAUCCAGAUCUUAUUCCAAAUGUUUGUUUUAGUUAUGCCAUUAGUCCCACCAAGAGCAAAAGAUGGUUCAAUUGAUUUGAAUGGUGGUGAUGUUAGUUUCUUUUAUGCAACAUAUUGUGUUGUCGCUAUAGGGUUAUUAGUUACUUGUGUUUUCUACUAUGUUUUAUGGCAAUUCAUUCUACCUUCUAUUGGUGGAUACAAACAUAGAGUGGAACGUUAUAAACUUGAAAAUGGUGAAUUGGGUAAUCGUGUCGUGAAAGUUCCAGUUGAUGAGUUAGAAGAAUGGGACCGUAAACAUGGCCAUGAUGUAAAGUUGAAUGAAACUCAAGGAAACCUAGAGACGAUCGAUUUUGUACAUGAAUCUAAGAAAUGA